CUUUCUUUUUUUUCUUCUUCUCUUUCUCAACUCAACUCAGUCCCUUCCAUGAUUCUGUCUAUGCAUCAACACUCAACUUCCGUGCUCUUCAACAUUCUUUAUUAAUCCAUCUACCCGUCUUCAUUUUUAUUUAUCCUUCUUAAUGGCUUCUACAUUUGCUCUUUAAAAUAUUAUUUCCUCCUUACUUGAUCCUUUGUUGAUUGGUUCUCUUCACUGUCCCUCUUUAUGGGGAUUCUUCUCUUUUCCCCAUGAUUUUCUAUCAAUUUCUUUUGGGGUUUGAGCUUUCUUUCUUGCUUUCUUUGGUUUUUCUUGUGACUCUCUCUCUUUACACUACAUGUGGACUUCCCUACGUUUGCCACCUCUAGGACAUUUUAGCCAUCAAACUAUGAGUUUACAUCUCUGCCUCUCAUUCUUGAGAUGUGGUUAUCAACAGAGCAUGUCAUGUUUACUUCUGAUUUUUUUGUCAGCUUAUCCAUACACUCCCUGAAUGAGCUUUUCAAUGCUGUCUUUUUUGUGCUCCCAUGUGUGAUUUUUAUCAUAAAUGCCUCAUGCCUGCUCCACUUUCUUUGUUAAUAUUGAUACAUGUAUGUAGAAGUUGAAAUUUUUUCUUGUUUUAGAAGUAUGGAAUCUGGGAAUAGGUUUUACUCUGCUGACGAGUUCAAUUUGGAUGCAAAAUGGCUAAUUGAUCCCAAACAUCUUUUUGUUGGACCAAGGAUUGGUGAGGGAGCUCAUGCCAAAGUGUACGAGGGGAAAUAUAAAAACCAGACUGUUGCAAUUAAAAUUGUUCAUAAAGGAGAAACUCCAGAGGAAAUUGCUAAGAGAGAAUCACGGUUCGCUAGAGAGGUUUCAAUGUUAUCCAGAGUUCAACAUAAAAAUUUAGUGAAGUUCAUUGGUGCGUGUAAAGAGCCUGUAAUGGUGAUAGUUACAGAGCUCUUAUUGGGUGGGACAUUGCGUAAACACUUGCUGAACAUGAGGCCAAGGUGCUUAGACACUUGUGUUGUGAUUGGUUUUGCUCUUGAUAUUGCUCGUGCAAUGGAAUGCUUGCAUUCCCAUGGAAUCAUACAUCGUGAUCUGAAACCUGAAAACUUACUGUUGACAGCAGACCAUAAAACAGUUAAACUAGCAGAUUUUGGCUUAGCAAGAGAAGAGUCAUUAACUGAGAUGAUGACUGCUGAAACUGGGACAUAUCGUUGGAUGGCCCCUGAGUUAUACAGUACUGUGACAUUAAGGCAGGGAGAAAAAAAGCAUUACAACCAUAAAGUGGAUGCCUAUAGCUUUGCGAUCGUGUUGUGGGAACUAUUGCACAACAAACUGCCAUUUGAAGGCAUGUCAAAUCUCCAGGCAGCAUACGCUGCUGCUUUCAAAAAUGUGAGGCCUAGUGCAGAGAACCUCCCUGAGGAAUUGGCUAUCAUUCUAACUUCAUGCUGGAAGGAGGAUCCAAAUGCUCGGCCUAAUUUCAGUCAAAUAAUCCAAAUGCUUCUUAAUUAUCUUUCUACAAUUGCUCCACCUGAGCCUGCGAUUCCUCCACGAAUUUUCACCCCUGAGAACACUAUAUUGCCACCAGAAUCUCCUGGUACAAGCUCAUUGAUGGCAGUGUGUGACACUGGGGAAACUCCUAAAGCAAAUAUGGAAAACAAAACAAGAAGUUUCUUUUUCUGCUUUAACCAGUGUUAUUAACCCUGUAGUGAUAAAUUGUUAUGUGAAGAACAGUUGUUCAUCCUGGGGUUAAAAGAAUACCUGCUGGGAGCGCUUGAAACAUUAGGGCUGUAGUCCACUGGGUACAUUGUGAUAACAUCUCAAAAGUUUAAAUUAAUAUCUUACAUUUUUGUUGAAGCUAA